CAGACAGAAAUUCAUUACAGUAGUCGGCAGAUAUCUGAAGAUUUACUUGUGUAAUUUCACAUUUGAUGGGUUGACAGGUACACAUGCAGACAAAAUAUGCAUGUAUACUGUACUACCAUCAGAAAUAAUUUUACAGAUGCACCAUAAUUGAAGUAAAAUUGUGUACAUUAUGAUUAAAAAAAGACAAGUGUAUAAACAGCCCACGACCAACUAUUUUUACCAACUAAUUUUGAUAAAUGUCUGGCUCUACUUGUGUUGGGCUUAAAGAAUAAUAAUCAUUUAAAAAAUGCUAAAGUAGGUCGACACCGAAUGUAUGCAGUUGACAGCCUGCUAACAGCUAACCGUUUGACUGCGUUGCGGAAGGGCCGCCCGAAUUCGCAAUCCAGUAUCAAAUAUUGAUUUAAUAAAUAAUUUAUAGCGCACUUCAUUCGUGUGAGGGUUAAAAUAGCGAGAAUGCGACCCUCGGGAUGUCUUAUUUUCGGUGGAGACCCAAUUUAGCCCUCGCUAAGAUUUAGUUAAAAGAAUUUUUAAAAAGCACCGGGAUAACCACCACAAGCGCUGACACUAGUUAUCGGAUACGUUAACUGGCUCAGUCUCGUCGGUGGGUGACGUUAGCCGUCAACAAGCAUGCUAACUUUCUGUCGUCUCGACACCAGGAAACCCUCCAAACAUGUCGAACUGGGUCUGCUGCAACGCCUGCUUUCUUCCGCCCUCAUCGGAGCGCAGACUGGCCCUCGCCACGUGCGGCCAUGUCGUGUGCAGUGUUUGCUACCACAAAGGUAAACAAGGCAAGUGUUUGAUCUGCAAUGACAAAUGUAAAGUGUUUCCUCUCACUGACCAAUGUCGCCCAGAAGUGAAGGUGCUGUUCUCCGACAUCAGCAUCGUGGCAAACAAACAUUUGUCAGAGAUCAGAAAAGUUCUAAUGUUCCAGGCCAAACAUGGUCAAAGAUUGAUGGCAUACUACCAGAAAAGAAAUGAGAAAGUGGAGGAGGGCUGGCUCAAGAUGAAGCAGGAAAUGCAGCAGAUGUCCAAGAAGCUGAAUGAACGGAGCGCCUACAUCGCUAAACUGGAAUAUUCACUUCAAAGUUUAAAGUCAUCAUCGAUGUCCCAGAUGAGCCACAGCUCCCAAAGCUUGCAUGAAAAACAAGUCCUGCAGUUCCCGUUCAGCUCUCCCAUGCCAUUCUCCAGACAUUCCUCAGCCAGCAACAUUUUUGACAACGUGAAUUUUUUCCAAAAACAUUCAAGGGUCCCCAGGUUGUCACUGAGUAGUCCUCCACAUGACAGACACAUGGGCGCAAUUCCUCAAAGGAAGUCCAGCCAAAAAGCCAACCACUCUAGAUAUUCGACCAAAGUCAGACACUGCCCGAGAACGCCGCUGACGCCCAACGUGUCCUUUGGACACGCAUCCACUUGGAAUUCGCCCAUUUUCCAGUCUUCCCAGCCCUUCCGGGUGAACCCUCCCAUCUAAAACCAGGUGCAUGCAUAUCCACCUGGAUGCUUAUGACGACUUUUUCCACUUUCUCGAAGAAAGGGAAAGCACCUGUUCUAUUCACGCAUAUAAACUGGGAUUACAUGAACAAUAAAUGCAGUUUACGGCUACGACACAUCAAAGGAGGCCCCACAA